AUGGACUGGCGCCACUCCUUGCAGCUGGCCCACUCGCGCCUCGAGUUCCACGGAUCCGGCGCGUCCGGUGCUUCCGGAUGGACGGAGACGGUGGGGCGCUUCACCGCCGCCAUUUGCGGCCGUCAGUGGGCGGGGGCCGUGGCGCUGCUGGGCCGCCUGCGCAGUGUUCGUCGGCCGCCGGUGGCGGCGGCCAACGCCUGCGCCGGCGCCUGUCGCCGGGGCGGCAGCUGGCGGCGGGCGCUGCAAACGUUGGAGGAGGUGAGGCAGCGGGGCUUGCGGGAGACGCUGGUGAGCACGCAGGCAGUGUUGCCCCUGGACUGGCGCAGCAGCCUCCAGAUGUGCCGCAGGAUGUGCGAAAGCUCUUUGCAGCUGUCCCUGCCAGCGGUCAGCAGCUGUAUUUGCAGCGAGCGGUGGCGUGAGGCCGCCUUUCUGCUGCGGUCCUUGAAAUCUCGGGCCUUGCGCACGGACGCGGUGGCCGGCGCAGCCGCGCUGCACGGGGCGCCCUGGCGCAGGGCGGCGCAGAACCUACGCGGCCUGCGGCAGGAGCUGGUGCAGCUGGACGUGGUGGCCCACACUGCGGCCCUGUCCGCCGUCUGGCGCCGGGCCCUGGCGCAGAGUGCGGAGGCGGAGGCAGCGCUGGGGGCGGCGAGUCCGGUGACCGGCACCGUGGUGCUGGCGGCCUGCGCGCAGGUGGGUCUCUGGCAGCGCUGCCAAGGGCUGAUCGGCGCGCUGAGCGCCGCACAGCUGCGGGUGCAGGCGGCGGCCAGCAACGCGCUGGUCACUGCGGGGGAGAAGGCGAGCCAGUGGCCGUGGGCCUUGGGCCACCUUGCAACGGACAUCGUGGGCUGCAACGCGGCGGUCAGCGCCUGUGAGAAGGGCUUGCAGUGGCAGAGAGCCCGGCAGCUGCUCGGCUCCUUGCACCCGCGGCUGCAGGCGGAGACGGUGACGUGCGCCGCCCUCGUCAGCGCCUGCGCUGCCACGGCGCAGUGGCGCGAGGCCUUUGGCUCGCUGGGCCGCGGUGCGCAGGCGGGGCUGCGGCAGAACGACUUCACCUCCAGCGGCCUGCUGAGUGCUGCCAGGAGGCACUGGCGGCGAGCGCUGCUGUGCCUCGCGCAGCUGCGUGGCACGCGGCCCAGCGUGGUGACCGAGGACGCCGCAAUCACCGCAUGCGAGAAGCCCAUGCAGUGGAAGAAAGCGCUGCACCUGUACGCCGCGCUGGGCGGGCCCUCGGCGGUGUCCCGCGGCGCGGCGGCGCGGGUCUGCGCCGGCGCCAGCGCCUGGCAGGCGGCGAGCCAGCUGCUGGGCGCGCAGAAGUCGAUCCUCGCCUACGUCUUUGCGCUGGAUGCGAAUGACAUGGGCGGGCAGUGCCUGGAGGUGGUGAGGCUGUCGGAGGAGCUGAGUCCGGUCCUCCUGCGGCGACUGGCCGUGUGA